AUAUGUACCUCACAUGUGCUAACCAAAGUCUUUUGUUCUCGCUCCCUACAGAUCACCUUCUACGAGGAGAGGAACUUCCAGGGCCGCUCCUAUGAGUGCAUGAGCGACUGCCCAGACAUGUCCUCCUACAUGAGCAGGUGCCACUCCUGCAGAGUGGAGAGAGGUUGCUUCAUGGUGUACGACCGCACCAACUACAUGGGCAACCAGUACUUCAUGAGGAGGGGCGAGUACGCAGACUACAUGAGCAUGAUGGGCAUGAGCGAUUGCAUCAGGUCCUGUCGCAUGAUCCCCAUGUACAGGGGAUCCUACAGGAUGAGGAUCUACGAGAGGGAGAACUACGGAGGUCAGAUGUAUGAGCUGAUGGACGACUGCGACAGCACCAUGGACCGUUACCGCAUGUCCAACUGCAUGUCCUGCAACGUCAUGGACGGCCACUGGCUGAUGUACGAACAGCCCCAUUACAGAGGCAGGAUGAUGUACAUGAGGCCCGGCGAGUACAGAAACUUCAUGCACAUGGGCGGAAGCAGCAUGAGGUUCAUGAGCAUGAGGCGCAUCACCGAUUCCUGGUACUAGACUCUUUUUGCACUGAAUAAAGCUGUCAUAACCUGAACUGCUGAUGUGUUUUAGUCAUUUUUACCCACAGUCUUUCCUCACAUUUACACACUUUGAGCAGGUCACCCUUUAUAUUGCUAGCUAUAACUCACAGGGAAUACAAAAAGAGAACGGUUGUAGACAAAGAUAAAAAGGUUUCUAAUUCAACUAUUUGCUUCUUAUUCUCACAAUGAUCAACAACUUUAUGAUCUCAAGUGUGCUUCACCAAUCACUUGGCAAAUGCAUGUGGAACUGAAAACAAAAAUCUACACAAUCAUUUAGGGGGAGUAUCAGAAGUGUGAAGGUAGGUUUCCACGUGUACAAUGCAAUGGGAUUGUUCACCAUCUUUGAAGCCUUUGGAUUUGCAACUGAGAAGUAGUGAUACAUACUGCUGGGACUGCUGCCUUCUUGUUCUAAAAUAAGGCUUGUGCCUGUCUUAAUAGUUGCACUGAGCUGGAGGAAGUUUAGUCUGAGUGGAAUUCAAACCUUUGUGUCUUACAUAGUAAACUUGGACACUGUCAGAUAAAUACUGGAAUAGCUGGUGAUUCUCUGAUUAUAUUAGCGCUGCUCCAAUUUGGCUUCAGUCACAUUCAGAGUUGUUAUGAGAUAUAUAAAUAUUGUCUUUGGAGCGACUGGGUUUGUUUCUACUUGCCUGCAUGUUUCCUUCAGUCCUGUUCUCAUUAGGAACAGAGCAUCCACACAGGUACAUGCACAACCAGAGUCUGGUUGUUAUUCACUAAAGUCACAUAUUACAUAUACAUGGUAACAAUAUUAAAAUGGAAAGAACCAUAAAGGAAAGCUUUAUGUUUUUUUCAAAAGAACUUUUAGCAGUGCUAGCGUCGUAGCUCUAGUGAUGUCAGUGUCAGUCUGUAAAACCGUCUGUUGGUCCACCAGCUAUCAUGGCUUGUCUAGAACAUUGAUACACAUAUUCAUGUCCACCUAAGGAUAAAUUGGACUUUAAAUUAAACUUUGUGGAUCCCUUGAUUUUUCAUCUAGCAUCCUCACCAGUUCAUUUUAAAAAAAAAUCUGUCAGUAUUUUGAUUCUGAUUAAAUUCCUGCAAAAGUAAUGACAUUUUAAUCAGCCUCAGGUGCACUUUGUGUUUUUUUAAGUUCAAGAUCAACCUACUAUAUUUGUACCCAUGGAAAAAAUAGUUUUGGACUGCAGUUCCAAUUUGUGCUAAUUAGCAAAUGCUGGCAUGCUAACAUGUUAAACUAAUUUGGUAAACAUGGUAAACUUCUUAACAUAACAUGUUAGCAUUUCCAUUGUGAACAUGUUAACAUCCGUGCAUUAGCAUUUAGUUCAAAGCAUGUGGCUCUUAAUAUUGUUAAAGUUAUGAAUACAUUAAAACAGAAAUGCUGGCUGCAGGUUUUAUCAUUGUUGUCCAUCUGGUGUUUGGCAUGCUCUGGUUUAUACUGGUUGCAUUUGUUUUCCUGUGUGGGUCCAUGGGGAUCAGUUACUAUUAAGUAGGUCCCCUUGGCUUUAUGAAACUUAUAACGGGUUAUGGCUCAUUGUUUAGCUGUCUGGCCCAGAAUUUUACUGUUCUAGUUCACUCUUACCACUCUGAUAGCAUUGUUUUGGGCCACAGCAGACAGCUUUUGUUUUUGUUUUUUUGAGAAAAUGCUCUAAACACCAACUGUACACUACCUAACCAGCACCAAACGGCAGAGUUAGCGACUAGCUGGUGAACAUAUUGGAGCAUUAAGCUGUUUAAGAACCAGAUGUUAGAAAAACAGAGCUAAAAGAAGAGUGAUAUUGGACUUACAUUCACCAUGUUGCUCUGUAGGCUAUCUGUGCAUGCAAUUUGCUUAUGAGUUCGCCAUAACUUAAAAAAGGUGAUCAUACUGUAAAUCAUUGUAGUGUUCACAAACACAGGUUUAAAUCUAAAUAAAAUAUAUAUACAUAGAAAGGAUAUGUGUAUAAAUCACUGCCUACAAUAUAGGUACAUACACUUAUACAUAUAGUUUUUUGUUCCAUGCCUCAUUGGAGGAUUAUAGAAGCACAUGUCUCUCUAUCUUUCUUUCUCUCUUUCUUUCUCUUUCCUUUCUCUUCUUCCUCCAGAGAAUGGACAAUCCAGCGAGUGAGUGGGGAAUCGAUGCCCUGAUACGAGAUUCAGCCUAAUGAGGAUCAGAAACAUCUUAAUAAAGACCCGUAAUCCGCCACUUAAUCCCUCAUUACAGAAUCAUCUGCAUUCAUUGGUCCUGCUCCAUGCCGCCGCAGUGACGGCACAUUCAGGUCCAUUGUUCUACCUUGCCUCAUCUCUCACCCAGGGCUACAUCUCCCUUUGUCUCCCUUCUGUGUCAGUUAUAUUUGAUCCACUCUCAUUAGACGAGAUGAGUAGAAGGGCCUGAAAAUAGUGCUUUUGUGUGCACUUCUAUGCUAUCUCUUGUCUGAAAUGGAAAAUGAGACAUAUGCUUAAUGAGGAAGAGAUGGACUGGGACCUGCCAUCUGACACAGAGAUAGGGGGUAUAUUGUGUGGAAAAAGCUGUGACCGAUACUGUUAAAGGACACACUUUCCAGGCAACAUCUAUCUAUGUCAGUGAUUGUGACUUCUGAGGGAUCGAAAAUUACUCUGAAGUGGGACAGAUGGAUUAAGGUUUAAUGCUGAGCCAUGGAGAGUCUGUGUUUAAGUUUAGUGCAGCAUUAACACUAAAGUUAGAGAAGUUUUACCCAAGUUUUAAAAAAAGUGAAAGUAUUCUUUGUAGCCUUCAGCAUAUUCUUGAUGGCCCAGAGAUCAAUGGAGAGCCUUCUGCAUAACAUAGUGCCAGUAAUCAAGUGGACCAUAGGCACACUAAUACAUGUUAUUACUAUGCUCUAAUAGCGUACAUUGCUGUCUCUUUCAGUGUCUUUUUUUGAUGCUACCAUUUGAGGAUGCCAAAGAUGUAAAGAUUCAAAUACUACACAUAAAUAAACAGUUGUUUUCAAUUGCACCUCCCCUCAGACUGAAGUUGGGUGGAAAAAUGCUGGGAAUUAUGUGAUAUCGCCAAAGUCCAUGAACUGAUAACAGUGUAAACUCUCCCGACCUAGCAGGUGCAGCAAAGCUAAAGGGAGCUUUCAAUCAAAAGCACAGUCUGUACACUGCCACACAAUCUUAAGAGGUCUAAUCAGGCAACAUAAGUGAAAACACCAGAGUAGGUGGACUAUGGAUGUUUUGGUAAUUGCACAGUGGGGUUGUAACAUUUGCACAUAGCUAUUUUUAGCAUUUGUUUGCAUUAUUUGUUCCUGUUUCUUUCAUUUCUUGAGCUUCUAUUUUGUGUUCUUUCAUAUCAGUCAGUAAUACAACAUGCUGUUACCACAUGAGUCCUGUGGAUGGGAAAAGUGAGUCCCAUCCAGACGCACUCCAAUUUAGACUAACGAAGGAGGUAAUAUAGAAUUAUAUGUAGAGGGAGUAGGAGAAACCUCUUUUCCUUUAGGUGAAGCUGUGAGAUGAUCCUCGUGAGGGCUGGAUAAUUAGCCCAUGUAGGUGUGCAGAAGGCUGAUUCUUAACCCACACUACGCCUCCCUCUACAUUACUCUGUGUAUUGAGGUGAGUAGGAGGUGGAGGGGGAUAAAACAAAACAAAUAAAACUCAUUAAAGGCACCCAUGUGGCUACAAAUCCCCCUCUGCAGUAUGUUAACGCACCGCAGACAUCAUUAGCUCUGGUCAAAGGAGCUAUCGUUAUUCUGCCUGGAUAUGAAAGCAGAUCAAAGCCCACUAUAGUUCAUUGUCUUUUAACCUGAGGCAGGAUUCUCAAAAUCAGAGCUCCCUGUUUGGCAGGUUUCCAUUUUUUCUUCCCUGAUCUCGGCCAGUGGAGACCCAAAAAAUCACUCUACAUAGCAAGAGCAAAUCUUGAGAUGAAAAAAAUAUGAAUUAUUUUUCCAAUGAUGCACCCAUGGCAUUUUCUUGUUGUGCAUAGAGUUAAUUUUUGAUGCUGCAGAAUAGAUGAGGGUUCUUUUGUAGUUCUAUAAAAUAAGUUUGCUAAAUCUUAAGGGAGAGUUGUUUUCAUGUACAGUGACAACUUCGCCAUCAAGAGACCUGAUUUUUCCCACCUUUUGUAGCCACAGUAGUGGGAUGGCUGUUGGGGUGUCAAGUCUGUCCUUCGGUUGGUUGACCACUUUGGUCCAGACUGAAAUAUCUCAACAACUGCUAAACUAAGAUGGGGAAUAUGGUGAACAUUAAACCUGCUGCUAAAAACCUGCAUGUUAGCAUUGUCAUUGUGAGCCUGUUGACGUUUGCAUUUUGAUCAAAGCACAGUUGUGCCUAAAUAGAGUUGUUAGCACGGCUGUAGAUAUUUUCUUUCAUGGGUUAUCACCGUGUUUGUGUUACGGCCUCAUUUUUAAUUUUAUAUCACCAAUGACUACAAUAAGUCAACCAAAUCAUAACCCAAAUAUGAAAUUGUUUUGAGAAUAUCUUGUUUAUGAGGGCAUUGCCAACUGCCAAAAAUCACUCAAAUAUUGUAUAUUUUUUAUAUUUAUCUUAUCACAAAAUUCUCCACUGUAUUAAAUGCUCUGGACUUCAUUUAAACUGCUCAACUGGACAAGCAUUUGCCAACAGUUUAUCAGUUUAACGAGUGAAACAGCUAGUCACAGAGGCUGAAUCCUCCCCAGAGGUAAUGUCUUGUUCCAACAUGUAGGGUGUAAUCCACACCAAUCUCCUGCCUCAUUUCACACACAUUUGCAUCAGUGAUCCUCUGGGUCCCAUCCCCAUGGCCCUACUGAUCUCACAUGUCUAAUAAGGGCAGGGUAAUUUGUCUCCUCAGGUAUGAUGGCCUUGACAAGCCCUGACAACUUGAUCUCAUCUGUGCAAAUCACACUUCCCACAUUUCCCACAGACGCACUUUUCUUUUUUUUUACCUGUUUACAUUAGGCAGAAACAGAGGCAGGUGCAGGGGUUUUCUCCUAAGGGCAGCUCACAGCUGUGACGAGUGCAACUGCUAUCAGACAGAUAGAGAGUAUGUGCCAACAAACACACAGUACAAAUCACACAUGAUAGCAUCUGCAGCCAACAGACAGCAGGCACACGUUACAGGCCUCAGGCACUCGAGCAGCGGGAAUAAACAUGCUCUGCCUUAAUAAAAAUGAGAGUUUGGGAAUGGAAGUACUCAGAUUAUUUAUGGAGGUAAAAUGAUGGCGAGGAGGUCGCUCAGGUCCUACCUGUUUGGCGGCACCUGGAAGUUGCUUGAUGUCUUCCCGGGAUCCAUAAUCUUAUGUAUUUACAGUCUGUUCCAAUUUAUUUUGGUCUGCUCCAUCUGUACACACGACAUCUAUUGCAUGUCGUUCUUUUGCUCUGCCUGAGGUUUCUUUAAAUUUUGUGGGGAGAGUUUUGUCUUAUCCGAAUCGAGGGUCUAAGGACAGAUUGAUGGGCUGUAUAAACAAGAUUAACCUCAACUUAAAAGUAGCAGUGCCACAGUUUAAAAAUACUCCUCUACAAGAUUUUUUAAUUAAUGUUUUUAUCAGCAAAUUGUAUUGAAGUUUUUAAAUUACUCAUUAAGCAGAAGUAUGAAUUAUGUGAUUAUUACGAGUGAUGAAUAACCCUGUGAGGAACACUUGAUUGCUUCAACUGGUUGAAGUAACUUAUGUACUCCUGGGUUACUUACAGCUUAUUUUCCCAGAAAAUACAUUGUAAAAAAGUGGACCAUUAGUUAACAUCCUCGUUGUAUCCUCAAGUUAACCCCCCUGCCAUGAAACCUGGGUUGAGAGUGAGUGUGUUUUUGGUUAUUUUUUUUACCUUUUGGGUGAAUGUGGCAUUUUUGGUAUGUUUUCAUUUUCCCCUCUGCCUGUCUGUCUCUCUCUCUCUCUCUCUCUCUCAGUUGGUGACUGUGGGCAUUACCU